UAUAUUUAUUUACACAUGCACAAGGAUAAAUACACACACACACACACACACACACACACACACACACACACACACACCACUAGUCCAAUACUACUCUCUUAGGGCAUGGCUCUAGGGUACAAACCAGAUUUCAAAAUGCCUUCUUCCAGCACAACCUGCAAAUAGAAAGAAGCAAAAAUCCUAAGUUUACAGCAUUUGCAGUUUUACAAGCCAAUGCCAAGGUGUCACCACAUCCAGAGACCAAGAGACUAGGUGCAUUCUCACCCCUACACCCUUCUCCCUCACCUCUACAGCCCGCCUUGCUUCCUGCUGGGUGCUAUCUCUGUGAGUGUAAGUACUAUUCAGACUGGAUCUGUGUCUGUUUGUUUGCCAGAAUAAACUAGAUCAUAAGUGGCAAAAUCAGAGAGUGUUAAAUUAAUGGCCCAAUUUUCACCAAAAUCACUGGCAGCAAGCCUAGUCCAUGUAAACAUGAGGAUUUUUAGGACACAGACAAACAAGGACACACAGAGCUGUUGCAUUUAUGUAAGCGAUGCCUUCCUGAAUAGCUCAUGGGAUCUAGACGGCUGCAGUCAGAGUCCAGUUCUCUCUAACAUGGUGCCUGUGGAUAUUUUUAAUGUUGCUCACUUUCCAAGCUAGAGGCUGAGUUCUGGCAGGCAUCUCUGAGGCCCUCAGGACUGUGAGGGGCCACGUUUAAGCAUCUCUGGGGACUUGGGGACCUAGUGUGUGGACCAGCUGGAAACCCUGUUCUGGGUAAAGUGCUGGAGGCAGCGAACAGGCCUGCUCAUUUUUUAGUCUGCGCUCUCCGGUGCAGUAUGGCAGGAAGGCAAGCUCUUGACUCUCAGGGCCUCAGCUUUCCUGCCUGCAGAAUGGGCUGUUCCCUGGGGACGAGAAAGGCUCAAGUCCUGUGGCAGAAUCAUGGAUUUCUUGGCCCCAACUCCAGAGGAGAACUGCUCUGCAUGGCCCCUCCAUGCUGCUUGGAGGACCUCAGGAGAGUGAGCAGGCCCAGCUCCAGCGCUACCAUGACAAAGGAUUAUCAAGACUUCCAGCACCUGGACAAUGAGGAGAAUGACCAUCAUCAACUCCGGAGAGGGCCAACUCCCACCCCAUCGCUCUUGCAUCGCCUCUGCUCUGGAUCCCGCCUCCUCCUGGUGUCCGUGGGCCUCAGCCUCCUGUUGCUGGUGGUUGUCUGUGUGAUCGCAUCCCAAAACUCCCAACUGCGGGGCGAUCUGCUGUCUCUAAAGCAGAAUUUCAGCAACUUCUCUGUGACCACUGAGGACCAGGUCAAGGCCCUGAGCACCCAGGGGGGUAGUGUGGGAAGAAAGAUGAAGCUACUGGAGUCACAGCUGGAGAAACAUCAGCAGGAUCUGAGUGAAGAUCACUCCAGCUUGAUGCUGCAUGUGAAGCAGUUGGUGUCUGACCUGCGAAGUCUGAGCUGUCAGAUGGCUGCCCUUCAGGGCAACGGCUCUGAAAGGACCUGUUGCCCCAUCAACUGGGUGGAGUAUGAAGGCAGCUGCUACUGGUUCUCCAGCUCUUCGAGGUCCUGGAUUGACGCUGACAAGUAUUGCCAGCUCGAGAAUGCCCACCUGGUGGUGGUGACCUCCUGGGACGAGCAGAGAUUUGUCCAGCGCCACAUGGGACCCAUAAACACUUGGAUUGGCCUGACUGACCAGAACGGGCCCUGGAAAUGGGUGGACGGGACCAACUAUGAGGCAAGCUUCAAGAACUGGAGACCAGAGCAGCCAGAUAACUGGUAUGGGCAUGGGCUUGGAGGAGGCGAGGACUGUGCCCACUUCACCGCUGAUGGCCGCUGGAAUGAUGAUGUCUGCAGGAGGCCCUACCGCUGGGUCUGCGAGACAGAGCUGGACAAGACCCGUUAGGAGCCUCCCUCCCCUUAAUUUAUUUCUUUAGUGCCUCGAGCUGCUGAGGUUGGGAAUUGGGAGAUCCUGCCUAGGGGUCUCUGCAUCCUUGGGAAUUUUCGUCUAGGGUUUUAAGGGCAGGGUAAAGAACGGUGUUUGAGGAAGGUGACAUGGUGCCUGGUGAGGUGGGCUUAUUGGAAUGCUGUGACGCUUUGUGUGCCAUGCAGUUUACUGCUGCCAACUUUUUUUUUGGAGUAAAAAGAAGAGAAGUAUACUUAACUGUC